AUGAAUCCUGAAAAAUUCAAUAAACACAGCCCUGGAGUUACUCUUGAGGAAGACGGCAGAGUCGCCAUUCAUGAUCCAGAUGAAACGAGGUUUAGAUACGUUCUUGGAAAAAAUAUUUACCACCAAGGGACGCACAGUCUCAAAUUGAAAUUGGAAAUGUUUACAGAUAAUUUUUGCGUGUUUGUUGGUAUUGGGAAAGGCGAUGUUGUACAACUGCAGAACGAUCCAUAUGCUGGUGCAUAUGGAUGGGGACUCGGGUUAAAUGGCACAGAAUGGAAAGACGGAUCAUACGAGAACAAACCGGAAUUAAAUGGACGCGUUAGGCAAGGAGAGACGGUUAAGUUAGUCUUGGAGUUGGAUUGCGAUGUUCCCAACUUGUCACUACAUUUGCCCAAUGGUCAACAACUUCACAUCGAAAUACCCGAGUCAGAAACCAGCUGGAAACUCCACGUAAAUUUGUUCAACGAAAAUGCCAAAAUACGUCUUGUCAAUGAAUAA